AUGGACGUCCGAAGGGGGAUAAGGGCGUGGUUGUCUUUCGACGACGCCCACUUGUACUCUACCCCUUUUGAGAGGGAGCGAUUGGAGGAAAAGGAACCGUGUGCAUGUCAGGUCUGGCUGAAGAGGUGGAUGGGGAAGGAUGGGGGAUGGGUGGAAGAAGUGCAUAUUCGAGUGAAAGUGUCUAGAGAUUAUCAUACGCAGCAUCCGCGGUUAUUGGAUCUCCCACCGUUUAACGACUGUCAUCCUCCUACCCUACACCCCCGGUCCGAUACUACAUACGUAAAGCUUGAACGGGACAAGGCCACAUUCCAUCCACCACAAACACCACAGCAAGGAAGGACGCAGCAUGUCCCCGCAGCUUCCCCUCCCGCAGCUGGCCAGCAGCAACCGCACCACUACCAGCAACAAUACCAUCUCUCCUCCUACAGCACCACCGACAGCGGCAGCACCUCACCAUCACCCCCUCCCCAUCCGCACUCGCACUCGCCCUCGCCGCCCCCGCUCGUCAAGUUCCCCUCGUCGACCACGACGAUCGCCGAGGAGCCCGAGAACGAGCUCGACGCACAGCACCACCAUGUGCGCUCGCCCACGCCAACCAUUGUGGUCAAGGCGUGUGAGGACAAGGAGCGGGACGCCUCGGACAAGGUCGUCAUCACGAUCCAUCCAACGGACUCGACGAAUAGCGUGCCGCAGCAUAAGGAGUAUCCCAUGCCGAUAAGGACAAACACGCACCCGCACCCACGGCAGUCGAUGAAUGAGCUCGAGGCGUGCUCGGUGUGGCCCGCGAGGAGGUUUAUGCAGAAGAAGGUGAUGCAGAAGAAGACAAAGUGGAUCAUCAUCAAGGUGCUUUGCGCGCUCAUUUUUGUGGUGGGCGCCGUGGCGAUUGGGCUUGGCAUCUCGAAGGCGGCGGGGAGCAAGUAA